AUGAAAUUUUUUGUAAAAUCAUUGCAUAAAACUACAAUAUGCCAGUCACCUUCUCACGUAGCGGACAUACAUAAUCCAUUAGACGGCCUGAUUUUAAUGAAAUCAACACCUGGAGCUAUUUUUAAAUACUGCAAAACACUAGAUGCUGCUACAUUGAAAAAAGUGGCCAUCCUGGUUGGUGCGGAUUGCUCGGGCACUAAACCUACUAUAGUAGCAGCGCUGGAGAAGCAAAUUAAAUUGCUAAACCCACUGCUGCAGACUCAAAAGCAGCAAGGGCAUUUGUCUAUUGCUGCAAUGGAUAUGGGAAUUGUAAACUUUGCGCAUUGUAGAUUACUAUGGCAUAAGGGUGCCCCCCCGAAGCUGAUAGAUUGGCAAAAACAGCCUUUAAACGAACAUAUUAACCCAAAUUGGACCAAAGCUAAGAAAACGUCCAUGGAACCUUAUACGAUGUGGAAGAUAGCUCAAUCUGUGACGACGCAGCUCCGAUCAGAGGAUACGGAUUUGUACCUGAUUGAGCGCCAACGAGGAAGAACCGCAGGGAGGCCUAAUGUUCCCGAACGUAUACUCCAAGUUAAUAUUCUGGAGCACAUUUUGUUCUCGAAUUUGAUGACGAUAUCUAGCAACGAGAAAACACCUUUUUAUAUUAGAUCUUCAUCUCCGAGAAAGAUGGUAGACUACUGGUGUGGGAUUUUACCUGAAGAAGUUCAACGUAAGGUAUUGGAGGUACAUAAUACAAUUGGAAAGCGAGAUGGAUUUAGUAAAAAACUUCGAGUUUGCCUGGUAAGGUCGUUACUCGCCAAACAAUUUGAGAACAAUGAUAGUUCAAGUUUGAAGAUGCAGCUUUCUGACACAAUGUAUAAACUUUUCGAAAAGCACAGUGAAAAUAUAUCGACGUUCGACAUAUCCCAUACUUUGAAUCCGAAAACUUACAAGUAUAAAAAGUUACAGAAAAACGACGACUUGGCGGACGCAUUGCUUCACGGUUUGUCAUGGGUAGAUUGGAUAAAUAACUUCAGCAGAAUUGAGGACUUCACCGAACAGAACCCUGAUUGGAGCAAUAGUACGUCCGCCACAGAGUUCGCAACGCUAAUAAAUUCCCUCCACGAGGAGAGAGUGGAACACGGAAAGAAAAGCCUUACUGUCUUACCUUACUAA